CAAAAGCUUAGGACGAACGGCACCGCUGAGUCGGAGACGGAGGAAAAUGAGAUUUCAUGCAACUUUUUCUUGGGUUUCUCAGAUUAAAAACAGAGUGCCGUCUUUGUUCCGAUCGAAUCAAGCGUCGCGGAGCUCCUUUUCUGAGCUUCAAUCCAACGACCAAAAACGGUGCUCUUUCGGAAUAGCAUUUGACAUUGAUGGGGUUAUUCUUCGCGGCAGUGUUCCAAUUGGGGGUUCUCCUCAAGCUUUGAGAAGAUUGUACGGAAAAUCUGGUGAUUUGAAGAUUCCAUACUUGUUCUUAACAAAUGGUGGUGGCAUCCCAGAAACAAGACGAGCAAAGGAGUUGAGUGAACUUCUGGGUGUGGACAUUCUACCCAGGCAGAUUGUACAAGGUCACUCCCCUUUCCGAAACUUAUUGGAAAGAUUUGAGAAUGAACUCAUUGUUGCAACUGGAAAAGGGGAUCCUGCUCUGGUAAUGUCUGAGUAUGGUUUCAAAAAAGUUCUGUCCAUGGAUGAGUAUGCAUCUUAUUUUAAGGGGAUUGAUCCUGUUUCUCAAUAUAAGAUGUGGACAACCAAGCCUCUCCCAGAUAAGAAGAGUCCAUUGAUACCAAGCUACAAUGUUUCCUCUGAAAAAAUUAAGGCAGUAUUUGUUGUUAGUGAUCCUGUUGACUGGGGAAGGGACAUUCAGGUUCUUUGUGACAUUUUGAAAUCUGGAGGCCUUCCAGGAAAAGCAAAUGGAGACCAACCACCUUUGUAUUUUGCAGCUGAUGAUCUUGAAUAUCAGGUUUUCUUGUUUUGCUUAUGUAAUCAUGUACAUUUUUAUGGAUUUCCCUAAUGUGGUUAUUACUUACACUCAGUUUUGUUGGUGCUCGUGUGCAAUCCUUUGUGAACUUUGGCUAAAGCAGAUUCUGUUGAGUUCUGGAGAGACAUUGGACUUGAUUCUUUCUUUUUCUUUUUCUUUUUUGUCUCUCAUAAAUCUUGCAUACAACAAUCUCAUGUUACAGGCUGCCUUUCCCUCCCAGCGUCUUGGAAUGGGUGCUUUUAGAAUUGCACUGGAGAGUGUCUUCAACAGGUUAGAUGCUUGCAUCAUCCAGAACAGUUCAAAGUCUGAAGGUUUUAAUAAAUAGUUCACAUCAAUCCAAGUAGUCAGUCAAUGAACCAUCAAGAAUAAACCACAAGCUAUUUC